AUACAAUGUAUCUCCUUCCACCAUGUGCGCCUGUGGACUAUUUCAAGACGUGCAACCAUGAAUGAACCUGCCUGGAACCGCCCCCCGUGGGCUAUUUAUAGGGCGGCUGACGUCACGGAGACAGGCCCUGCUGACGUGCUGGAUGACGUGUUUGGCUGGAGAGACUGGGGCUUGCG